AAGCCAAACAUGUGGACAUCUCGGAAAAUCUUAUCUCUCGCUCUCUCCCGCCCUCUCUAUCUCACUCUGUCUCUCACUCUCUCUCUCCGUUAUCAGUAAUUGGCCAUAUAUAUUUCAAAUUUACGUUGGUGUGAGAUAGAGAGAGAGAGAGAGAGAGAGAGAGAGAGGCCAUGGAAGGCUUGAAGCUGAACUUCUCUCUCGGCAGCUGCUAUGUCUCGAAGCCUCUUGCCCCCUUUCCUACUUCAACUUCCAUCUCAAGAUUUCAACCGACAUCCAAUCUCGUCAUCCCUACUGGAGUGGAUGUACAUACCUUUCUUUCUUUCGGCUAUCUCUGUGUUGCAGGGAUCAGGCAGGCUUCAUCUUAAGAACAUUAGCCUUUAUUUCUCCAACUAGCUUUCCCCGUAAACAUUUCAAUAUAAAGAGAGUACGGGAAGCACACUGCAGCAUGAGAAGUAGAUCAGCAUCAGUGCAACCUAUAACUGAGGAACUGAUCAAUAAUAAGUCAAAGGAUCUCCCAACAAGUGGGGACUCCAUACGCCAAAGAUUUCUUGAUUUUUAUGCUUCACGAGGCCAUAAGGUCCUUCCGAGUUCAUCUCUUGUGCCAGAUGACCCAACAGUUCUGCUGACAAUUGCUGGCAUGCUUCAGUUCAAGCCCAUAUUCCUUGGGAAGGUUUCCAGACGAGUACCCAGGGCCACAACUGCCCAAAGGUGCAUACGCACAAAUGAUGUUGAGAAUGUAGGUCGAACAUCUAGACACCAAACAUUCUUUGAGAUGCUUGGAAAUUUCAGUUUUGGAGAUUACUUCAAGAAGGAAGCAAUUAAAUGGGCAUGGGAGCUUUCAACCCUGGAGUAUGGGUUGCCAGCUGAAAGAUUAUGGAUUAGUGUUUAUGAAGAUGAUGAUGAAGCAUUUGCAAUAUGGCUCAAUGAGGUUGGCGUUCCUGUGGAGCGUAUAAAGAGGAUGGGUGAUGAAGAUAACUUUUGGACCAGUGGAGUGACUGGACCCUGUGGUCCAUGCUCUGAGAUUUAUUAUGAUUUCCAUCCUGAUAGAGGACACUUGGAUGUUGAUCUAGGAGAUGAUACCAGGUUCAUAGAGUUCUACAACCUGGUUUUCAUGCAAUAUAACAGAAUGGAUGAUGGCUCACUUGAACCAUUAAAGCAAAAGAAUAUUGAUACUGGGCUUGGUUUGGAGCGUGUGGCUCGCAUCCUUCAAAAGGUUCCCAACAAUUAUGAAACUGACUUAAUCUUUCCCAUUAUAGAGAGGGCAUCAGAAUUGGCAAAUGUCUCAUAUCCUCUUGCUGAUGAGUCUGUGAAAACAAACCUUAAAAUAAUUGGUGAUCACCUGCGUGCAAUUGUUUAUCUCUUAUCAGAUGGAGUCAUCCCAUCAAAUAUUGGCAGAGGUUAUGUAGUUAGGCGACUAAUCAGAAGGGCUGUUCGUACUGGCAGGUUGAUUGGUGUAAGGGGAGAUGGUCAAGGAAAUAUCGAAGGAGCAUUUUUGCCUAUAGUUGCCAAAAAGGUAAUUGAAUUGAGCACUCAAAUAGAUUCAGACGUAAAAGAAAGAGCACCCCGCAUUCUGGAGGAGUUGAAAAGGGAAGAACUACGUUUUGUACAAACAUUGGAGAGAGGGGAAAAACUGCUUGAGCAAAUGUUAGCAGAAGCAUCAUCAAGAGCUAAGGAAAAAGGAACUGUACCUUGCUUGUCUGGCAAGGAUGCAUUUCUUUUAUAUGACACAUAUGGUUUUCCUGUUGAGAUAACCAAGGAAGUGGCUGAUGAAUGUGGCAUCCAUAUAGAUAUGCACAGUUUUAACAUUGAAAUGGAAAACCAACGACGUCAGUCUCAGGCUGCCCACAAUGCUGUCAAACUUGCAGUUGGAGAUGGUGCAGAUCUUACUGAAAAUAUUCCUGACACAGAAUUUCUAGGUUAUAACACACUUUCCACUCAUGCAGUGGUCAAAGGUCUUUUGGUAAAUGGGAAACCAGUUGUAAAGGUCUCUGAAGGAACUGACGUAGAAGUUUUGCUUAAUAGAACACCAUUUUAUGCUGAAUCAGGUGGUCAAAUUGGAGACAAUGGUUUUCUCUUUGUUCCUGAAGCUGGAAAUCAACAUGAAGCUGUUAUAGAGAUUAAAGAUGUCCAAAAAUCGCUGGGUAAUAUUUUUGUUCAUAAGGGUACCAUCAAGGAAGGAAGCAUAGAGGUGGGUCGAGAAGUUGAAGCUGCAGUAGAUGCAAAGUUGAGGCAGCGAGCUAAGGUUCAUCACACUGCUACUCAUUUGCUGCAAGCUGCACUUAAAAAGGUAAUAGGGCAGGAAACAUCACAAGCUGGAUCACUGGUAGCCUUUGACCGUCUUAGAUUUGAUUUCAACUUCAGCCGGCCACUGUCAGACAGUGAGCUCAUCAAGAUUGAAGGACUGAUCAACAGAUGGAUUGAGGACGCUACACUUCUUGAAACUAAAGUAAUGCCUCUAACUGAUGCAAAAAGAGCUGGCGCUAUCGCAAUGUUUGGAGAAAAAUACGGAGAACAGGUUCGUGUUGUAGAGGUUCCAGGAGUAUCCAUGGAACUCUGUGGUGGCACUCAUGUCAGCAAUACUUCUGAAAUACGUGGCUUCAAGAUAAUAUCAGAACAGGGGAUUGCUUCUGGUAUCCGGCGUAUAGAAGCUGUUGCUGGUGAAGCUUUUAUUGAGUAUAUCAUUGCCAGAGAUAACUAUAUGAAACAGAUUUGUUCCACUCUCAAAGUGAAAGCUGAAGAUGUACCUGCCAGGGUGGAAGCUCUACUGGAGGAAUUGCGAAUGGCAAGAAACGAAAUUUCAGCUGUUCGUGCGAAGGCAGCAGUUUAUAAAGCCUCAGUCCUUGCAGACAAGGCAGUCCAUGUAGGAAGUACCCAGGAGAUCAGGGUGCUGGUUGAGUGCAUGGACGAUACAGAUGCCGACUCACUGAAGAGUGCGGCUGAAUAUCUGGUGGAUGGAUUACUGGACCCAGCAGCUGUGGUUUUGGGCUCGAGCCCAGGUGAAGGCAAGGUAAGCUUAGUUGCUGCAUUUACACCCGGUGUGGUCAAGAUGGGAAUUCAAGCUGGGAAAUUCAUCGGGCCUAUAGCAAAGUUGUGCGGUGGAGGAGGGGGUGGCCGGCCUAAUUUUGCCCAGGCAGGUGGCCGAAAACCUGAGAAUUUGUCGAGUGCCCUUGACACAGCUCGAUCGCAGCUUCUUUCGCUUUUAACUGAAAAGGCAAGCUGAGAAGUAUACUCCCUCUUGUUUACAGAUCCCCCAGCAUGGCAAUAGCACGGUACUGAACGAGCUAAGUUUUUCUCUUUUUUUUUUUUUAUCUUGUUUUACAUUAGGAUGGGGAAGGAAUGAGGGGAUUCAGAAGGAAAACUUGUUUAAGUGCCUCAUCAUAUAGCAUUGGUUUUAUUUGGACAGAAAAUGUAAUCCAAUAUGUUCGCAAGCCAAAUUGUACAUUAAUCCAAUUUGUUGGCUUGGCUCCCCUAAGAAAUGGGCUCCCAUAAUAGCAAAUACUUUAGCAUGCUUCCAAAAUGUAUUGAUAUCGGGUGGAAUUAGUUAGAUGCUUGUAAUUCUCUCUGUUUAUGACUAUA